CCAAUUUCGAGGAUUACUCUACGAAGAUGCGUGUUUCAAAAUUGCUUUUGCUCAGCCUCAGUGGCCUGAGUGUAAGCUCACCGCUUGAUUCACAUGUCGUGCACGAGAGGAGACACACAUUGCCGGUCGCAUGGACAAAGCAUUCGCGUGCACCGAAGGACACGGUUCUGCCUGUCAGGAUUGGGUUGACACAACGCAACCUUGAGCACUCAGACCGUUUCCUCGACGACAUCUCGGAUCCAGACUCGCCGAACUUCGGCAAGCACUGGACUGCAGAACAGGUCGCGAACACGUUUGCACCGCAUCCAGAGGCAUCAAAGGCAACCCUUGAAUGGCUCCAGAACUCAGGCGUUGAUUUGAAGCGGGUCAAGCAUUCGGCCGGACGCAAUUGGGUCGAAUUCUCAGCCACCGUUGAGGAACUCGAAGCUUUGCUCAAGACAGAGUACCACUACUACCAGCAUAAAGCAUCUGGCGGGUUUCGUAUCGCGUGCGAUGAAUACGGACUACCACAGCGGGUCGGCAAGCAUGUCGACUUCGUGAUGCCCACCAUUCAGCUUGAUGGUCUGCAACCUGUGGCUCAAUCCAAGGCUACAAUCCAGGCUCCUAUUAACAUUACCGGUCUUUUUGGUACUACCAACUGCUCCAGUCUGAUUACCAUUGACUGCUUGAGAGCCAUUUACAACCUUCCCGUUGGCAAGUACAAUCACACCGGCAACCAGCUUGGUAUUGCGGAGUGGGCGGACUAUCUCUACCUACCCGACCUCAAGACAUUUUUCGAGAACUUCACCAACCCCAAAAUUCCAUCCGAUGUGGUACCGGAGUUUAUCUCGAUUGAUGGCGGAAAGCCUUCUAACCUCUCGUUGGCUCAAGAGGAGAAGGUCGUUGAGAGUGCUCUGGACUUCCAGACUGCUUACUCCAUCAUCUGGCCACAGCAGACACGUCUGUACCAGAACGGUGACUCGGUCAACGUUGACUCUGUGGGCACAUUCAACAUCUUCCUGGAUGCACUGGAUGCUUCCUACUGCACGUACCAGGGUGGAGACCAGCCGUACGUUGAUCCUGCUUAUCCUGACCCCAACGACGCGCCGGGAGCCUACACUGGUCCACUGCAAUGUGGUGGAGCCCCAGUCAGCAAUGUUAUCUCAGUUUCAUACGGCCAGAUCGAGGGUGCUCUUCCCCAGUUCUACCAGGAACGCCAAUGUCGCGAAUGGAUGAAGUUGGCGUUGCAAGGUGUUAGUGUCAUCUUCGCGUCCGGUGACUCUGGUGUUGCCAACAGGUACAACUCUGGAUACAACAACAGCUGUCUCAACUCCGAAUUCGGCUACGUCGAGGAGAAUGGAACGCGAUUUUCGCCUUCGUUCCCCGCGAACUGCCCCUACAUCACCUCUGUCGGUGCUACAACUCUUCUCAACUCCUCCAUCUACGGAGGUGAGAAGGCCGUUGCUUCACCCAACGGUCCCCUGUCAUACUACUCGGGUGGUGGCUUCUCCAGCGUCUUCCCGCGCCCAUCUUGGCAGUCCAAGGCAGUCUCCAAGUAUCUCGACAAGUAUGCGCCCAAGUACGGCGAGUCUGUUUUCAACUCCUCCGGCCGCGCAUACCCCGACGUCUCAGCGCUCGGUCUCAAGCUCGCGACCGUGUGGCUCAACAAAACCUACGGCAUUGGUGGCACAUCAGCAUCCGCCCCGAUCUUCGCGAGUAUCAUCAACUUGCUGAACGAAGAGAGACUGGAGAAGGGCAAGGGACCGAUUGGAUUCUUGAACCCCAUCAUCUACAAGCAUCCUGAGAUGUUCAACGAUGUGACUGUUGGUGGUAACCCAGGAUGCGGUACUGAGGGCUUCCCGGCCAGUCCAGGAUGGGAUCCUGUCACUGGUGUCGGUACACCUGAUUACAACAAGAUGAGAAAGGUGUUCUUGGAUCUCAAGUAA